CCCUGUGAUGUUUUGUUGUGUAUUUGUGUCCAUUGUUUAUUUUUUUGUCCCAUUUUUCUUGUUCUAACAGUUAAUUGCAGGACUACAACUGUUGAUUUUCGUUAUCAGUUAAUCUGUUGAGUGUUCACAUUAUUAAUGGAUUAAUUGUAUAGUCUAUAAAAUGUCAAAACAGUUGUGAGAAAUGCUCUUUAUGAUUUCCCAGAAACCAGGUUUCUUCUUUUGUCCAGCAAAACAGUCCAAAACCCAAAGACUUAGGUGUGCUAUCAUAAAUUAUUUAAAAUCUAAGAGAAACGUAGCAAAUCCUUACAUUUAAGAAUCAUUUUUGUCUGAAAAAUGACUUGAGCAGUUAAUCAAUUUUCAAAAUACUCAACAACAAAUUUUUCUUUGAAUCAACCAUACCAUCAAUUGAUCACCUUUUUCAAAAUAUCUUGCCGUUGCACUCACUUCAGAGACAUUGCAGAAAUAGAUCAGCAAACAUCUUAUAGGGACCUUAUGUCCUACAGGAGUGUUUGUUGUAGUGCACACAGUUUCCCUAAACUGAUAUUUCUUGACAUGUCAAAAAAUAUUUAACAUGUGAAAUCAUCCACACACUCAGCCCAUCUGACGUCUCUGCCACUUGAUGCUUGUUUAAACCUAUCAUGCACAUCGCAAAACCAGCUACAUGAAAAGCUAGUGAAAAAUAUUUAUAUUGUUUUGUUUUUUAGUUUUUACGCUUGUGCUUGAUGAUGUGUACUUCACUUAAAAAAAGAGUAGUGAGUACAUUUAUCUGUGCACUGUGUGAGGUCAUUUCCUGUUCUUAUUACUGAAACAAACCAACGUCUUUCUGUAUUACUGCUUCAAGGCCUCAGACACUUGAAAAUUCUGGUUAAAAUUACAGAUGUUAUCCUCAGAGUACAGUACAACAAUAUCACACUCACUUCUGGUCAACAGGCACAUUUUCAUUGAGCUAAAGGAGUAUACAGUUUGUUUUUUUUAAUGCUAUUUUUGCUUCGAAUCACAGGUACUACUAAUGAAAACCAUGACUGUACUGCGUUUCAUUCAGCCCUUUAAAGUGAAGAGGGUUCAGAAAUCCAGUAAGAACUGAAACUUCUGAAGGACUUGCUGCUGAAGAGACUUGCAUUACUGUGGAACAGAGAGAGAGAGAGAGUCAAAACCCCGUUGUUGUGCUGAGAACCCCCCCCCCCCCCACACACACACACACACACACAUACAUCCACACACACACAUCCUCUGUAGUUUGUCAGGAGCUGAGUGUUCCCAUCCCAGCACACCACCACACGGUCUGACAUGACUCACAAGUCGGAUUAUCAACACUGAAACUUCAAUGCUGGUAAAACCUUUAUUUGCUCCUCAAUCGAUCUCAAAAACACUGAAACAGAUUACAGUGGUGUGUAAUUUUAAUUUUAAAUGUGCUCUCUUUUUUUCCAGAAAAUCAAGACCCUGUAUGCUGAGCAUCAUUGUUGGCUGUAAGGUAGGAGUUAAAUUUCAGAAAUUCAUAUGAAGCUGUAAAGUCUUAUCCCACUCUGCAAGUCUGACUUGUCUUCUUAGCUCACGCAGCAGAUCUGCACUGAAAUAAAUUCUCAUUUCUCUGUCACAAACUUAAAUACUUAUACUUUUAAAAACGAUUUUAAAAUCUGUUACAUUUGUUACAUCUGCAAUGUUGCACGUUUUUAUUCUGCUAAAUUUCAUCUGUUGUAUUCACAUGUCGUUUUCAAGUGUAGUCAGGCACAUACAUCUCGUAUUUGUCCUUUAAAUAGUAAUGUUUUAUCACCUUCCUUAUUCAAGGUGCUUUUGCUAAUUCGUUAAAUUUUACUGCAAACAAUUUUGCAUAAAAACAACUGUGAAUGCCUUAUACCUUUUAAUUGGAGGUCCUAUUCGAAUGUGGUAUUGAUAUUUUCAUUAUUUUCACAAGCUGGUGCUUCUCUGCUGUGACAGUCCAUCUCUUUGUGCAAACAGGAUUUAUUCUCUAUUAUCUUGGCUAUAAAUGGCUAUAAUAUUUAACCAGGAAAUAAGAACGGGUUUGUGUGUGUGUCCAGUACCUCUCUGUAGGAUCAUCAACCUGACAGACAAGCAUGACAGGUGCUGGAAAGGUUUUCCUCUUAUGCUGUCUAAUUCAAGGUAGCUCAUGCCAACACUGGGCAGCCUUCAUGCCUCAGACAGUGGAGGGACUAAGCGGGUCCUGUGUGAUCGUCCCCUGCACUUUCAGUUUGCCCUCAGGGUGGGAUCAGUACCUGGAUGAUUCGUGUAAAGCCAUUUGGAAACGAGGCAGCUGGAGUCGAACGCAGGUGUUUGAUUCCAGCCUCACCGGAGCAAGUGCAAGCUUGAACAUCCUGCAGGGAAACCUGACGGGGAUCCUGCGAGAGAAGGACUGCACCACCGUCUUCAACAACCUGCCGUCGAACCAUUACGACAACUAUUACUUCAGACUGCAGUGUGAGAACGAUCUGAAGUUCAACUUUCAGACAAGUGUCGUUAUCACCGCUCAAGAUUUCCUACCCAGACCUGCCUUGACUCCAUCCAGGCUGGAGGUGGAAGAAGGGACUCCAGUGAGGCUGAACUGCUCGGCUGUAGCCGCUUGUCCCCUUCUUCCUCCAGCUCUGACGUGGACCCCCAGUUUGGGUGACACUGAGGAGAGCACGGACACCAAAACUGUGAUCUCUGUUAUGAACUUCACUGCUUCUUACCUCCACAAUGGACAGAAGUUUUUGUGCACCGUCCUCUACAGCCGACAAGCUGGCAACAGUGAUCUUCUGUACGAAAGAAGUUUGACCCUCCGUGUUCUUUAUGCCCCAAACAACACAUCGGUCAGUUACUCUGGCCCCGUAAAGGAGGGCAGCUCGGUGACUCUGACCUGCAACACUAACGCAAAUCCAGCUGUGGACGGCUACACCUGGUAUAAAGUGGAUGGAGAUCAGGUGACAGCAAUGGGUUCUAAAAAGAGGCUUUCAACAACAGUCUCUGAGGUCGACAGCCAGUUUUACUGCAAAGUCAGUAACAGAUAUGGAGCUCAGAACUCAUCCAUCACCCAUAUAGACGUACAGUUUUCUCCCAAGGAAACUGCAGUAGUCGUCGACCCUGAUGGUCCAGUACUGGAAGGCAGCGCUGUUGCUCUGUUCUGUAGGAGCAGAGCCAACCCACCCGUGACCAACUACACCUGGUACAAAGACAAUGAAGAGGAUGAGGAGACCGGAUCGACCUUAGUGCUAAAUGGCGUGGACCCGACCCAUAGCGGUGCCUACCACUGUGCAGCAACGAAUGAGAUGGGAGAGGACGUUUCAGCGGCGAUUCAGCUGGACGUUCAGUAUCCUCCUAAGAACACCUCAGUUUCAGUUGACCUUCCUGGUCCAGUGCUGGAUGGCAGCUCCGUAACUCUGACCUGCACAAGCAUCGCCAAUCCGGCAGUGAUGAACUUCACGUGGUUCAAAGUGGCCGGAAGAGAAAAAGAGAUGGUGGGCUCUGAGCAGAACCUCAUCUUCAACGUGACCAAACUCUCAGAUGAUCAGUAUUACUGUGAAGCUCUGAACGUCCACGGAGCCGAAUACUCAGAACCUGCCAGUCUUGAUGUCACAUUUGCUCCAGAGAUCCUGCCUUCUUCCCGCUGCAUCAAGAUUUUAUCCCAGAUCCGAUGUUCCUGUGACAGCCAGGCGAACCCCCCUCCAUCUCUGAUUUGGGAAUUGGCCGGAGAGCCUGUCAAUCACUCUGCCGACAUCCCGAUCAGGGAAGUUCCUCUAGGGAGUGUGGGCAUGAGGAGCGUCAUCACUUUGUACCGCCUGGAUGAAGAUAUGCCCUCUUUGGUCUGCCUCAGUAUCAACUCUCUGGGCUCUGAUAGGUCUGCGUUCAACGUAUCGUCCAGCGAGACUCAGCUAGGCCUCCACACUUUGUCUCUUUUGAUUGGCUCUGCAGCGGGAGCCCUGGGGAUGCUGCUGGUGUGUGUCCCCUUGCUGCUUGUCGUUUGCAGGAAAAGGAGAGGCAGCCUUUCACCCAGAAAAGGAUUGGUGGACACUUCCGACUUUAUAGCUACUACUGCGACCAACUGUUCACAAAUGGAUGUGAUUUUCGCCAAUAAAGCAAUUCUGGAACAGGAAGGAGUAGUUAAAGAAGGUCCUCUCCACGGCGCUGAGGUGGACUUUGUCAAGACAGAGGGUAAACUCGGAGAGGGGGACAUCAGAGGGCCGACCUCCGAGACGGCAGAGUGUGCUCAGAUCCGUCUGCACUCCACAGGAGGCAACGGAGGACACGCAAAGGAAGGACAGGCCGUCGCCGAUACGCAUUUGGGACAAGAGAAAGACACAGAUGGCCUCAUAGGACAGGUCAGUGAGAAAGUCAUGGAUUAGCUGAAACUCAGGGCUUCGAACAGUGUCACGUUUUCCACAGUUAGCUGAGCAGAACAACCUUGUAAAAUCUGCAGCUGCAACGCAGGCAGCAGCCUUGUUUAAGUAAGUAAUGCCACAAGCUUGUGGCUUCAAGUUUAACUCUCAACCCUCGUGAUUAUAACUCCUUUUUGUCAACCUUUCUUGUGUCUCCUUACUGAAAAACGUCUAGCAAAAGAAAAACACAAUAAAAUAAAAAUGAUUGAAGGUGUACACAAGGUAGUUACAGCAUGAUACAGACAUCAGAGCAAAUCUGCAUGCUGUGGAUGAACAUUUAACCUGCCCACAAUUGAUCUUCUGUGUGGUUUUUCAGUUUCAUAAGUAAAUGCUAACUUUUCCCUCGCUGUUAUAUAAAACCUUUGUGAAAAGUGAAAGAACCAUGCACAUUUGUGACAUUUGUCAAACACUUUUUUAUUGCUAAUUUGUGGGGUUUGUUUUUGUAAAAAUACAUAAAUAUGUUUGUGUGUGCUUAUAAAAUUAAAGAAAGAGUUUCUUCCUGCACUGCAGCUCAUACAAGAGCAAAA